CCGGCCUCGCGCUGCACAUUCUCUCCUGGCGGCGGCGCCACCUGCAGUAGCGUUCGCCCGAACAUGGCGACACGGAGCAGCAGGAGGGAGUCGCGACUCCCCUUCCUAUUCACCCUGGUCGCGUUGCUGCCGCCCGGGGCUCUCUGCGAGGUCUGGACGCAGAGACUGCAAGGUGGCCGCGCGCCCUUGCCCCAGGACCGGGGUUUCCGCGUGGUGCAGGGCGACCCGCGCGAGCUGCGGCUGUGGGCGCGCGGGGAUGCCAGGGGAGCGAGCCCCGCGGGCGAGAAGCCGCUCCGGACGCGACGGAGCGCUGCCCUGCAGCCUGAGCCCAUCAAGGUGUACGGACAGGUCAGUCUGAAUGAUUCCCACAAUCAGAUGGUGGUGCACUGGGCUGGAGAGAAAAGCAACGUGAUCGUGGCCUUAGCCCGGGACAGCCUGGCCUUGGCGAGGCCCAAGAGCAGUGACGUGUACGUGUCUUAUGACUAUGGAAAAUCAUUCAACAAGAUUUCAGAGAAACUCAACUUUGGUGUGGGAAAUAGCAGUGAAGCUGUGAUCGCCCAGUUCUACCACAGUCCUGCAGACAACAAGCGGUACAUCUUUGCAGAUGCUUAUGCCCAGUACCUCUGGGUCACAUUUGACUUCUGCAACACUAUCCAUGGCUUUUCUAUCCCAUUCCGGGCAGCUGAUCUCCUCCUCCACAGUAAGGCCUCCAACCUCCUCCUGGGCUUCGACAGGUCUCAUCCCAAUAAGCAGCUAUGGAAGUCUGAUGAUUUUGGCCAGACCUGGAUCAUGAUUCAGGAACAUGUGAAGUCCUUCUCUUGGGGAAUCGACCCCUAUGACAAGCCAAACACCAUCUACGUGGAACGACAUGAACCCUCUGGUUACUCCACAGUUUUUCGAAGUACAGACUUCUUUCAGUCCCGGGAAAACCAGGAAGUGAUCCUUGAGGAAGUGAGAGACUUUCAGCUUCGGGACAAGUACAUGUUUGCUACAAAGGUGGCGCGUCUCCUGGGCAGUCAACAGCAGUCUUCUGUCCAGCUCUGGGUCUCCUUUGGCCGGAAGCCCAUGCGAGCAGCUCAGUUUGUCACAAGACACCCUAUUAAUGAAUAUUACAUCGCAGAUGCCUCGGAGGACCAGGUGUUCGUGUGUGUCAGUCACAGUAACAACCGCACUAAUUUAUACAUCUCGGAGGCAGAGGGGCUGAAAUUCUCCCUGUCCUUGGAGAAUGUGCUGUAUUACAGCCCAGGAGGGGCCGGCAGUGACACCUUGGUGAGGUAUUUUGCAAAUGAGCCAUUUGCUGACUUUCAUCGCGUGGAAGGGUUACAAGGAGUGUACAUUGCUACUCUGAUUAAUGGUUCUAUGAACGAGGAGAACAUGAGAUCAGUCAUCACCUUUGACAAAGGAGGAACCUGGGAAUUUCUUCAGGCUCCAGCCUUCACAGAAUAUGGAGAGAAAAUCAAUUGUGAGCUUUCUCAGGGCUGUUCCCUCCACCUGGCCCAACGCCUCAGUCAGCUGCUCAGCCUCCAGCUCCGGAGAAUGCCCAUCUUGUCCAAGGAAUCAGCCCCUGGCCUCAUCAUUGCCACGGGCUCAGUGGGAAAGAAUUUGGCCAGCAAGACCAACGUGUACAUCUCUAGCAGUGCCGGGGCCCGGUGGCGAGAGGCGCUUUCUGGACCUCACUACUACACCUGGGGAGAUCAUGGCGGCAUCAUCAUGGCCAUCGCCCAGGGCAUGGAAACCAAUGAGCUGAAAUAUAGUACAAAUGAAGGAGAGACCUGGAAGACGUUCAUUUUCUCUGAGAAGCCCGUGUUUGUGUAUGGGCUCCUCACGGAACCCGGGGAGAAGAGCACUGUCUUCACCAUCUUUGGCUCCAACAAGGAGAAUGUCCACAGCUGGCUUAUCCUCCAGGUCAAUGCCACCGAUGCCUUGGGGGUUCCCUGCACAGAGAAUGACUACAAACUGUGGUCACCGUCGGAUGAGCGGGGGAAUGAGUGUUUGCUAGGGCACAAGACUGUUUUCAAACGGAGGACCCCCCAUGCGACAUGCUUUAAUGGAGAAGACUUCGACAGACCCGUGGUUGUGUCCAACUGCUCCUGCACCCGGCAGGACUAUGAAUGUGACUUUGGCUUCAAGAUGAGUGAAGAUUUGUCCCUAGAAGUGUGUGUUCCAGACCCAGAGUUCUCUGGAAAGUCCUACUCCCCACCUGUGCCUUGUCUUGUGGGCUCUACCUAUCGGAGAACAAGAGGCUACCGGAAGAUUUCUGGGGACACUUGCAGUGGAGGAGACGUUGAAGCACGACUGGAAGGAGAGCUGGUUCCUUGUCCCCUGGCAGAGGAGAACGAAUUCAUCCUGUACGCCAUGCGGAAGUCCAUCCACCGCUAUGACCUUGCCUCUGGAGCCACAGAGCAGUUGCCUCUCAGUGGGCUUCGGGCAGCUGUGGCCCUGGAUUUUGACUAUGAACGAAACUGCUUAUAUUGGUCUGACCUGGCCUUGGAUAUCAUCCAGCGCCUCUGUUUGAAUGGGAGUACAGGGCAAGAAGUGAUCAUCGAUUCUGGCCUGGAGACAGUGGAAGCUUUGGCCUUUGAACCUCUCAGCCAGUUACUUUACUGGGUGGAUGCUGGCUUCAAGAAGAUUGAGGUAGCUAAUUCAGAUGGUGACUUCCGACUUACAAUCGUCAAUUCCUCUGUGUUGGAUCGGCCUAGGGCUCUGGUCCUAGUGCCUCAAGAGGGGGUCAUGUUCUGGACCGACUGGGGGGACCUGAAGCCUGGGAUUUAUCGGAGCAACAUGGAUGGCUCUGCUGCUCAUCGUCUUGUUUCAGAGGACGUCAAGUGGCCCAACGGCAUCUCUGUGGAUGACCAGUGGAUCUACUGGACAGAUGCCUACCUGGACUGUAUUGAACGGAUCACUUUUAGUGGCCAGCAACGCUCGGUCAUUCUGGACAACCUCCCGCACCCCUAUGCCAUUGCUGUCUUCAAGAAUGAAAUCUACUGGGAUGACUGGUCACAGCUCAGCAUAUUCCGAGCUUCCAAAUACAGUGGGUCCCAAAUGGAGAUCCUGGCAAGCCAGCUCACAGGGCUAAUGGACAUGAAGAUCUUCUACAAGGGGAAGAACACUGGAAGCAAUGCCUGCAUGUCCAGGCCCUGCAGCCUGCUGUGCCUGCCCAAGGCUAACAACAGCAGAAGCUGCAGGUGUCCAGAGGGAGUGUCCAGCAGUGUCCUCCCUUCUGGGGACCUGAUGUGUGACUGCCCUCGGGGCUAUCAGCUAAGGAACAACACCUGUGUCAAAGAAGAGAACACAUGUCUUCGCAACCAGUAUCGCUGCAGCAACGGGAACUGUAUCAACAGCAUCUGGUGGUGUGACUUUGACAAUGACUGUGGAGACAUGAGCGAUGAGAGAAACUGCCCUACCACCAUCUGUGAUCUGGACACCCAGUUCCGCUGCCAGGAGUCUGGGACAUGCAUCCCACUCUCCUAUAAAUGUGACCUUGAGGAUGACUGUGGAGACAACAGUGAUGAAAGUCACUGUGAAAUGCACCAGUGCCGGAGCGACGAGUACAACUGCAGCUCUGGUAUGUGUAUCCGCUCCUCCUGGGUGUGUGAUGGGGACAACGACUGCAGGGACUGGUCUGACGAAGCCAACUGCACAGCCAUCUAUCACACCUGUGAGGCCUCCAACUUCCAGUGUCACAACGGGCACUGCAUCCCCCAGCGGUGGGCGUGUGACGGUGACGCAGAUUGCCAAGAUGGUUCUGACGAGGAUCCGGUGAACUGUGAGAAGAAGUGCAAUGGAUUCCGCUGCCCCAAUGGCACUUGCAUCCCAUCCAGCAAACAUUGUGACGGACUGCACGACUGCUCCGAUGGCUCGGACGAGCAGCACUGUGAGCCCCUCUGUACGCGCUUCAUGGACUUCGUGUGUAAGAACCGCCAGCAGUGCCUGUUCCACUCUAUGGUGUGUGAUGGGAUCAUCCAGUGCCGUGAUGGAUCAGAUGAGGAUGCCACCUUUGCAGGAUGUUCCCAAGACCCUGAGUUCCACAAGGUCUGUGAUGAGUUCGGUUUCCAGUGUCAGAAUGGAGUGUGCAUCAGUUUGAUUUGGAAAUGUGAUGGGAUGGACGACUGUGGGGACUACUCUGAUGAAGCCAACUGUGAAAACCCCACAGAAGCCCCAAACUGCUCCCGCUACUUCCAGUUCCGCUGUGAGAAUGGCCACUGCAUCCCAAACAGAUGGAAAUGUGACAGGGAGAACGACUGUGGAGACUGGUCUGAUGAGAGGGACUGUGGAGAUUCACAUAUUCUGCCCUCCCCCACUCCUGGGCCCUCCACGUGUCUGCCCAAUUACUUCCGCUGCAGCAAUGGGGCCUGCGUGAUGGACACCUGGGUAUGUGACGGGUACCGGGAUUGUGCAGAUGGCUCCGAUGAGGAAGCCUGCCCCUCGCUUGCAAAUGUCACUGCUGUCUCCACUCCCACUCAGCUUGGGCGAUGUGACCGAUUUGAGUUUGAGUGCCACCAACCAAAGAAGUGCAUCCCCAACUGGAAGCGUUGUGAUGGCCACCGGGAUUGCCAGGAUGGCCAGGAUGAGGACAACUGUCCCACACACAGCACCUUGACCUGUAUGAGCAGAGAGUUCAAGUGUGAGGAUGGUGAGGCCUGCAUUGUACUCUCGGAGCGCUGUGACGGCUUCCUGGACUGCUCAGAUGAGAGUGACGAGGUGGCCUGCAGUGAUGAGUUAACUGUAUACAAAGUACAGAAUCUUCAGUGGACAGCUGACUUCUCUGGGGAUGUAACUUUGACCUGGAUGCGGCCCAAAAAAAUGCCAUCUGCUUCUUGUGUAUAUACUGUCUACUACAGGGUGGUUGGAGAGAGCAUAUGGAAGACUCUGGAGACUCACAGCAACAAAACGAACACUGUGUUGAAAGUCUUGAAACCUGACACCACAUAUCAAGUUAAAGUACAGGUUCAGUGUCUGAGCAAGGCGCACAACACCAAUGACUUUGUGACCCUGCGGACUCCAGAAGGGUUGCCAGAUGCCCCUCGAAAUCUCCAGCUAUCACUCCACAGGGAAGCAGAAGGUGUGAUUGUUGGCCACUGGACUCCUCCCAUCCACACCCACGGUCUCAUUCGUGAGUACAUUGUAGAAUACAGCAGAAGUGGUUCUAAGAUGUGGGCCUCCCAGAGAGCUGCUAGUAACUCUACAGAAAUAAAGAACUUAUUGGUCAACGUUCUAUACACCGUCAGAGUGGCUGCGGUGACUAGUCGUGGAAUAGGAAACUGGAGCGAUUCUAAAUCCAUUACCACCAUAAAAGGAAAAGUGAUUCCACCACCAGAUAUCCACAUUGACAGCUAUGGUGAGAAUUCUCUAAGCUUUACCCUGACCAUGGAUGGUGACGUCAAGGUGAAUGGCUAUGUGGUGAACCUUUUCUGGACAUUUGACGCCCACAAACAAGAGAAGAAAACCUUGAACUUCCGAGGGAGCAUUCUGUCUCAUAAAGUUGGUAAUCUGACAGCUCAUACAUCCUACGAGAUUUCUGCUUGGGCCAAGACUGACUUAGGAGACAGUCCUCUGGCGUUUGAGCAUGUUGUAACCAAAGGGGUUCGUCCACCUGCUCCGAGCCUCAAAGCCAAGGCCAUCAACCAGACUGCAGUGGAAUGCUCUUGGACUGGCCCCAGGAAUGUGGUUUAUGGUAUCUUCUAUGCUACAUCCUUUCUUGACCUCUAUCGAAACCCGAAGAGCUUGACUACUUCACUCCAUAACAUGACAGUCAUCGUCAGUCAGGAUGAGCAGUAUUUGUUUCUGGUCCGGGUGGUGGUACCUUACCAAGGCCCAUCCUCUGACUAUGUUGUGGUGAAGAUGAUCCCAGACAGCAGGCUUCCACCCCGUCACCUGCAUGUGGUUCAUACAGGCAAAACCUCGGCUGUCAUCAAAUGGGAAUCACCAUACGACUCUCCCGACCAGGACUUGUUCUAUGCAAUUGCAGUUAAAGAUCUGAUAAGAAAGACUGAUAGGAGCUACAAAGUAAAAUCCCGCAACAGUACCAUGGAGUACACCCUUAACAAGUUGGAACCUGGAGGGAAAUACCAUGUCAUUGUCCAGCUGGGGAACAUGAGCAAAGAUUCCAGCAUAAAAAUCACCACAGUUUCAUUAUCAGCACCUGAUGCCUUAAAAAUCAUAACAGAAAAUGAUCACGUUCUUCUGUUUUGGAAAAGUCUAGCUUUAAAGGAAAAGCAUUUUAAUGAAAGCAGGGGCUACGAGAUACAUAUGUUUGAUAGUGCCAUGAAUCUCACAGCUUACCUUGGGAAUACUACUGACAAUUUCUUUAAAAUUUCCAACCUGAAGAUGGGUCAUAAUUAUACUUUCACUGUCCAAGCACGAUGUCUUUUUGGCAGCCAGAUCUGUGGGGAGCCUGCUGUCCUACUGUAUGAUGAGCUGGGGUCUGGGGGAGAUACAGCAGCCAUUCAGGCUACCAGAUCUACUGAUGUUGCUGCCGUGGUGGUUCCCAUCCUGUUCCUGAUACUGCUGAGCCUGGGGGUCGGCUUUGCCAUCCUGUACACAAAGCAUCGGAGGUUACAGAGCAGCUUCACUGCUUUUGCCAACAGCCACUACAGCUCGAGGCUGGGUUCAGCAAUCUUCUCCUCGGGGGAUGAUCUGGGGGAGGACGAUGAAGAUGCUCCUAUGAUUACUGGAUUUUCAGACGACGUCCCCAUGGUGAUAGCCUGAAACAGCUUUCCUCACUAGAAACCAAAUGGUGUAAAUAUUUUAUUUGAUAAAGAUAGCUGAUGGUUUAUUUUAAAAGAUGCACUUUGAGUUGCAAUAUGUUAUUUUUAUAUGGGCCCCAAACAACAACAAAAAAAAAAAAAAAAAAAAGGAAAGAAAGGAAUGAAUAAACUUUGUAGGGAUCAACUGUGAACUUCAAGUCAGGUUGAUUUUAGUAACCAAAUUGCUUUGAUUUGACAUUAAUGUAGUCUUACACGGCUGUGCUUGCUGGGCAUGCUUCUAAGUCUGUGAGAUUAUUUUGGUUCAAUAAAUUGGCCGUUCUUAUUAUUUUUCUAAGACACAGAAAUGUAUUUAAUAAAAAGUUCAAGAGAGAGUGAUGGGUGGAAUCCCUUCUCCUUGAGAGUGUGUUCAAAUUUUACAUUUUGUUUGGAUUUAGUUUAUGUGUAAGUGUUUGGGUGUCUUAUGGGGGAAGGUUCUUUUAUGUUAUUUGUUAAUUUAUUGGGACUCUAUAUAAGGCCAGGCUUUAGUGGUCAUCUGAUACCACGUACUAUAAGCCCCUCGCCUAGAGUGUUGGGGGGUAGAGAACAGAAGAUUUUGUUGCCAUUCCGAAAGAAUCCAUUUUUAUUCACUUGUGUGUCAUGUAAUGGUCUUUGGCAGAAGAGAGCUCUGAGUCAUUGCUAGAUUUCAGUUAGGCAGAGCUGCAGCUGGGGAAGCCCUGCAAGCCAUAGGUGUUGAUAUUAACCCUGGCAUUUUACUGUAUAUGCCUCUGAACAAGGUGUAGCUCCAAAAGUUACCAGAUAAUAGCACUGCUUUCUAAUACACUGGGAUCGUUGUCAUUGUGAAAAAUAAACUCUGGUUGUGGGAGAGAGUUCUAGAUCUGUGCCAUGAUAGAUAACACUGGCAAAAAAUAGUAUGUGAUUUCUGCAUUUUCAAUUUUUGUUUUUACUUGCCACUAAAGAAGCUCAAAUGUAAAAUUUUAUAUUUGGUUUGAGGUGGCCACUGAAUUGUCCUCAACAAAACAUACUGAAGUGUGCAGUUAUUUUGAAUUGGGUCAGUGCCUUUUUCUCUUUUUUCUUUUCAUCCACCUCGCUUGCCUGUGCCCUCACCCAUUCUACAGAGAAAGCGCUCAACAUGCUCACAGCGAUGGAGGCGAUCUAACCACUCCCUCCAGUACACAGUAGCAGCAGUACUGGGCUUUGUUCAUUUAUUCUCCCUAGAAGAUAAGCUAUGCUUUCAUCCUUCUGCCAUUAAAAUGCCACCCCUGUAUUCAAAUCAUGGUCGUUUGAAAGUUACGUGGAUCCGUUGUGGACUGCUGCCUGUCUUUAGACUUGGUGUUGUGGGCACCAAUGUCUAGCAUUACUGUGACUUUUACUGUAUGAACAACCUCACUGCAGAAUUUCCUCCCAGCUGAGAAGCAGCAAGCUCUGGGAAUAUUCCAAAGUCACGCCGAUGACUAUGUGUCCUUUAUAUGCAAGCUUUGUGAAGCCCCAUCUCCCCUUCAAUGCAAUGUGUCACCUUCUCCCAGGUGUUUUGUUUGGUUUUUCUUUUUAACCAAAAGUAUCAUUCUUGGGUAGUAAUAGAGUUUCAUUCUGUCUAGGGAUUGUUUGGAAAACAGAGAGCCAAUUAAAUUUUUUCGUUGUAAACAUUUCUAUCUUAGGUGGGGAGUAUUUUGACCCGUAGACGUCAGGGUAGGCUUGUAGUUCCUGUUAUGGAAUGGUGGUGAUGAUGGGCCUUCCUCUGACUUAUUUUCCUUCACUCCCCCUUUUUGAUUUUUUUUUUUUUCUCUUCCAGACUGAAUUUUUUUUUUUGGCUUUGUCUUGUCUUGCUUUGGAGCUUUUAAGCUCCAAGCCCUACCACCUCUGCUUUAAUAAACUCUUUAAAAUGAACAGUAUGGUGGGAGGCAAGUCAUUUAAUUGAACCACUAGAAAGUCUAUUUUGUUCUUCUGCCAACUUUUGGUGGCAUUUAUAAAAAGCCCAUGUAAAAGGCUCUGAGAUACUGUUUUCAGUGAUUCCACAGGCAAGCCUUUUUACAGAGCAUACGUCUCCAGUUGGCAACUCCAGACAUUUCAAGCAUCCAGUUCUGGUCACCAGUGCCUCCCCAUGCCUAGUGCACAGUCCUGUACAGGCGGCCAUCACCCCUCUCCUUGGAAGACGCCACUGUGCUGUUUGAAAACAAGCAGCCUUUUAGGGCUAGAGUAUUUUAUAUAAACAGAAGAGCUAAGGUCCUGAAGACUUAAGCUAGAUAGAUGCAGCUAAGUGUAAAUCAUAUAUUUUUAUGAACUUUUGAAGCACACAUUCCUGUUUCCCUCCACAUAGCUUUGUGGGGGUUUUGAUGUAUCUAUGCCAUCUGCAAGAUUCCAGAGGUUGGAGUGACAGUAGGAAAUGAAACAGCCUUUGAAAGUGAAGCUGGAUAACUUCACCUUUUGGAGAUAACUCUUCACGGUGACCACUGGACCCUCUGGUUACUUGCAAAAAGGGGGUUUUAUACUGUGUGGGAGAUGCCCAUUUAGAAUUCCCAGUGCACAGGGAAAGAAUUUUAUUCUGUCCCAGAAUACCAGGAAAGUCAGGUGCUUGCAUCCCUGAAGGGGAAUUGUACAUGAGUUCUCUCUGGAAGCUGAUUUUGCUCUUUUCUGCAUUGAACACACCUGGAGCUUUGUGAGACAUGGAUCCAUGUGGAUGAAAUGACAUAGUUCCAGAGUGAGGCCAUGUCCGAGCAGACGGGUUUCCAGAAAGAGGAGAAGUAACUACUGGGAACCCUGGUGACCUAGGUAGAUAGUUGUGCUGCUGGGGAGCUGGCUGGAACCUCUGGAACCUUUUAGAAGAGUGGCUCCUAGGAUUUCAUCUCUGGUAGUAUCACUAGGGAUAUUUGUGGAAUGGACUGGGGCAGGAGACACAUAGCUGCAUGAUCUCUCCUGACCAUCAUGUGUGGUCACAUACUCACCAGUUUAGGGAAUGUAACCCUUCUGAAAACACUGGGCAUUUGGAAGGAGCUGGGGAGAGCAAUGGAAUGGUGAGCCCUUUAUAGAUGAACUCCCAUUUCUCCCUAGAGAAUCCUGCUUUCAGAUACCCACCCAGAGGUCACUUCAUCUAAUAAGAUUGGGUCUCCUGCACUUUCCUAAGAGCCAAAACCCAUUCUGUUAGGUUUGGUUGUUCCCUCCCCCACUAAGGGGGUCAGGGUGAAUUCCCUAGAAUUCUCUCCCUUAAACAAGAGACUGGGGAUGGGGGUGGUUCCCAUAGAGAAGAGAGCCAGAGAUAUAACCAAACUGAAUGCCACCCCCCAGAGUGAUUUUAGGAAUUGACUCUAAAACUCUGCAGAAUCUUCACUUGUGUUGAGAUUGUAUCUUGACAUUCCUAUUAUGUUAUUUUUCUUAACUGGAGUGUGUGCUGCCUUUCAGGUAAAAUUUUUGUGUAAUAAAAGCCAGUACAUUAAGUUUAUAUAGACUACUUUCUAUGCAAGACUGAGAUAUGGAAUAGAUAGCACGAUGUGCGAACUCUUGGGUCCAUGGACAGGAUGUCAGCUUUUGGAAGAAGUCACCACCACUGAGCAUGGGUUGAGGGAGGAUAGGUUGUGCAUAUGUUUCUUCCCACUAAUUUUGAGCAGCCAUAUUAUGAAUUUAAUCAUCAGAGCCAAGUAAUAACCCAAGAAUGGUAUUAGUUUCAUGUGUAAUAGCUCAAAUGGAAUAAGCAUGAAUGCUGAAGCGGAACAUGAUCCUCAGAUAUUCCAUGUCACUUCUCAUUUAAGGACUCUUGUAAAGAAUUAUUAGAAACUUUAGGCAAAGUAAAAAAGUAUUUGCAGCAAAAUAAAGGCCUAUUCUGCUCUUAUUUAAAGUGAAGCACUGUAUACUCUUUCCUCUCCAAAGCAAAAUUAGGUAUUUAUAAUUUCAAUUGCCUUGGUAAGUUUCCAAAUCAUUGAUUUCUGCUGAAGAUUUUACUAUAUUGUUGCACAAUUUUAAGAUAAUUUUUGUCUCAAUGUCAACUUUUUUCACUGAAUAAAAAUUUAACUGGGUCAAAAAA